AUGCGCUUCACAUUUUCACGGCUGGCUCUCGACAAUACUGUGACGCUGGCACUUUUGUCCCCUGCCCUUGGUUGCCCGGAUACAGGUUGGCUGAAUGACAAAGGAAUUCAAGGCAGUGGCUCCUAUGUCUACCAUAUGCAUCUGAGGAGGACGUUUGUCACUCUACGGCUGGACAUCCACGCCCUCAGUAAACUGAACCAAAAGGCAGAGGCGCCAAUAAAGAAGGUGAUGACCCGGCGACGUCCGGACGAAUUGUCGAUCGAGGCGCUUGAAGCGGCCUUUUGGUUGGUGGUCGGUGUUCGCCCUCAGAUGCCGAAAAUGGACCUUUGCAGAUUGCAGACUAUCUCCCAAAGAAGAGUAGGUUGCAACUCCCCAUCUCUAUGGGCGGAUGUCUCCGCAAAUACAUUGAAGAAUACUCUGUGGAUUAUAUUGCGACUCGCACUUGUCGACCAAGAUUUGGAGGAUCAGAUCUACUACGAUGACAAGAUCUUCCUGACUGCCAGGCCUGCGGCCGUCAAGGCCUGGCUUCGCAAGUACGAUCAGGGCGCCUCAAAUGCUCCUUCUGCUGCUGUCUCUGAGAUUGUAAAGUCUGGCAUGUACAUGCACAGCGCCUUGAUUGGGGACUCCCGGGUCUACUGUGGCGCAUGGACCGACAUGAUUGGACUCCCCAGAAACCUACCGACAUUGGUCGCAUGA